UCAUGGGAGGGGAUGAUGGAUCACGUUUCUUGCACACAGUCUGAUCUUCGGUUGCAGUGUGCGGUCAGGCUCCGCUAAAAUGGCGAUCUCCAUUCAACUUGUAUGCGCCGUUGGUGUGGUUGCAAUAGCUACGUUUAUCAAUUUACCAGCACCACGUUUCUCUAAAAGGCUAGAAGAGUGGAGAAACAUGGGGCAGUAUUUUAAUUAUAAGGGAAACGCGAUUUUUUAUCAAGAUUUUAGAGGUUUUAAAGAAGACGAUGGCAUUGUAGUUCUCUGUAUCCAUGGAUUUCCAACAAGUAAUUAUGACUGGUCAAAGGUAUUUAAGCUUACAUGUACACUGUACAUCAUUAGCUAUGUUAGAGCGGACAUGCUUGGCUUAGGAUUUAGUGAUAAACCACGUGAAAGAGAAUACACAGUGAUGGAACAGGCUUCAUUACAGGAAGAAUUUCUACAACUAAACAUGAGUGGAAUCAUUCAACAUUUUGCUGUUCUAUCAUCCUUUAGAUAUGAAGACAGAAAAAGCAAACAACAGGAUCCAACAGAUUACACCAAAAUAGAGUCGUUGUGCUUAACUAAUGGAGGUAUUUUUCCAGACACACACUUUCCAAAAGUAAUUCAAAAGUUGGCAUUAAAUGCCUGGCUCGGACCUCUCAUUGCAAGACUGACAAGUUAUCCUGUGUUUGCUAGAAGUCUUGCCUCAGUAUUUGGUCCUCACACGAGACCCCCAAGGGAAGAGUUACAAGACUUUUGGACCAUUAUGAGACAUAAAGAUGGUUAUCUUGUGGCACCAAGCAUUCUGCAGUAUAUAAAUCAACGGUAUGAACACAGAGGAAGAUGGGUUGGCAUCAUGCAAACAACCACAGUGCCAGUGCAUUUUAUUUAUGGACCUGCAGAUCCCAUUAAUCCUCCUCAAACACUCACUAAGUACAGGGAAUUAGUUGUUAAAGGCACAUACAAAUCUUUAUCGGAAGACAUCGGCCAUUACCCACAUUGGGAAGACCCAGAUGGAUUUAUUGCUGCCUAUGAACACUUUCUCAUUAAAGUGAUGCCAGAAAAGUAAUUUAAUAAGUACAAUGCAAUUCACUACUAAUAAUGAAGUUAUUAAUAGUUCAAUAAUUAUUGUCUCUUAAAAAGUCUUUAGUAGAUCAGUAAUUACAAAUUUAUGUUAUAUAAUUAUUUUUUAUAUUUUCAAUCAACUCAGAGGAUAUUUUUAUACAAUGUAACAAUAUUGUCUGAAAUAUUAUUGUCAGUAUUAUUCAGGACUUGCCUUUUUUACCUUGCACUCUUCACAAAAGUUAAAUGUCUGUAAUACAGUAGGAAUUUUCUAGGUAAGAAUGGAAAAACCCAAAAAAUAAAACUGUUUGAUCAAUUUUAUGGAAGUUGAACUUAUUAAGAUGGAUUCUGCUCAAAGUUUGAGCAAUGAGUGCAAAAA